UGUACGUAUAUUCUAUCGAACGAGUUCAGUUGGUUGCUAAAUUCGGUCUGGUCUGGUGGGUUGCUUAGCAGAUUCCCAGAAAUAUUUUCACAGAGCCGCCAUGUGCUGUCCAAGUCGCUAUUAUCGGACCACGCCGUGCGUGCAGUGCUGCCUAAUCGACUGCAGCUACUGCUGCUUCCAAUCGGACUGCUGUGGUCCCUGCUGUGUGACCACCCACCCGCCUAGCUUGUGUGGCGGAUGCUUUGGUCCUUGCUGCUAACUGGGAUUCCUUUUUUUGGCAUCCACAGUACGAGGAGAACGAAGCAGGCGAGUUGAUUUAAAACAACUUUCGAGGUUGACGAGCUACCGAACAUCGGAUGUGAGCUCAUUCCGACUUUGAGCCUGGUUGUAAGCACAACAACAAAAAUUCCAAUUUUCCAAUAACUAACAUCUUUUGGAAUACUACACUAUUUUGAUUGUGAACACUUGUGCUCUUUGUCGGAACCAACAACAGCCACCUCCACCCUCCAUCCUCCAUCUCAGCAGCAGUUCCUGCUGUUGCUCCAGCUGAUUGGGUUCGUCGAUAUGUGCUGCAAUCCUGGUGGCUGCUGCGGCCUGCCCGCCUGCAUCCAGUGCACCAACUUCUGCUUCAACUGCUGGACCGGCACGGCGAGCGUUCCCAGCUGCCGCACCGGCUACUCGCCCGGCUGUCCACUCUAUCGCGGCUGCUGUGGUGGUCCACGAGGUUGUUGCUAGCAACGCUCCUCGAUG